CGUCCCCCGCCCCAUAGAGCAGUGAGGAGGAGAAACUGCGGGGCGGGAGUCUUUGGCGGACAGGCUCUCCCUGAAACAUGUCACGUUGCUGCUGCUGUUUCGGUUUCUGCUUCUGCUUCUGGGGGCUGCUGCUACUGCUGCACCACCAGCAGCGGGACUCUGCCCCGCCUCCGCCCUCCUCUUGCUGGGGUGGAGAGAGCAGACAGCGGGCGCCCGCCCCUCCCUUUUCUACCGCGUCAUGGAGUCCUCUCCUGUACAUAGCGAACUCUCUCUUGCGCCCUUUCCCACAGACGGAGACACACGGCGGGGGCCGGAGCAAGAGCGUGCCACCUCCGCCUAGAAACCAGCCGUGAGGCGGGGUGUGCGCAGCCAGGCCAGCUGCAAACAUCUGCACCCGUCUCCCUUUCCCGAGUCGCAGCAACCGCGGACACCGCCGCUGAGGACUCGGCUGGCACCUCGCCGCUGCGCUCUCGUAAGUGGGGUUUGUUUUUCCGAAGGGAAAGAAACUUUGCCAGCCCGGCCCUGCGCUCGAGGCAUCGCAGCUGAGUGCCCUGAGGGCGAGUUGGAAUGGGACCGCCCGGGCUAGCAAAGAACCCUUCCGCCCUCCUGUCGAUCCCCGAGAUUGCUGAGCUAGGAGCGGAGAAAGGGAGAGCGGCGUUGGAGCAGGAAGCGCGCGGGCGCCGAGGGCUGCCCAGUUGACUGUGGCUCCAAGAAGGGCGCGAACUUUCAGCCGGCCUUUUCGAUGCUAGAACUCAACGCUGGACCUCUUGCACUCCGGGUAAUUGCAGAGAGAAAUAAAUGCUUUUGCUUCAUCCCUGCAUAGAAAGGACUGCAUGCAUGACUGAAACAUAGUCGACCAAAGAUGCAUAGGACUGGAGACAUAUUGAUACAAAUAUUCAAAAGAUGGAGGAAAAGAAUUGUUCAGAUGUAACCAGUCAGUUUACAUAGUGACUGCAAAGCAUCCUGCAAUACAUUACAAAGUAAGGAAGAUACAGAGAAGUCCAAAAGAAUGAAGAAAGAUAAAUGCUCCUGCAAAUAUCCAAUACGAUGGAGUCUCUUGAUCUUGUUUGUAACAGUAUGGCUACUCUGGCUAUUGAAACUUCUUAGAGUUGAGCAACUGUUAUUCCCUCACAAAGAUCUUUACUUUGUAGAACCCUUUUUGAGCACCUCAUCAUUUGUGAAAAACAAAUACACCCAUCUUGAAAAAGGAACCCAGCAUUACAUUAACUGCUCCUCCAUUUACAAUCUAGACCCUGCAGAGAUAGGCAAGUCUUUGGAGAUAAAGAGAAAAGAGAUUGUUGAUUUAGAAGAUGAAGAUGUUGUAGCAAUGGCUAGUAACUGUCAGAUAUACCGUAAAAUUCGAGAAUAUCAUCUAAAGCCUGUCUCUUUGGAAGAGGAAAAAUUUCCACUGGCUUAUUCUCUGGUUGUUCACAAAGAUGCCGUAAUGGUUGAAAGGCUCAUCCAUGCAAUAUAUAGUCGUCAAAAUGUUUACUGUAUCCAUUAUGACCAAAAGUCAUCUAGCACUUUCAAACAUGCUUUGGACAAUCUAGCCAAAUGUUUCCCCAAUAUUUUCAUUGCAUCCAAAUUGGAAAUGGUGGAAUAUGCUUAUAUUUCAAGACUCCAGGCAGACUUGAAUUGUUUGUCUGACUUGCUUAAGUCUUCUGUUCAGUGGAAGUAUGUAAUCAAUUUGUGUGGCCAAGACUUUCCUCUGAGGUCAAACUUUGAGUUGGUAUCUGAAUUUAAGAAAUUAAAUGGAAGAAACAUGCUGGAGACAGUCAAGCCAAGCAGCAGCAAAAGGGAACGGUUUACCUUUCGCUAUGAACUUCAGAAAAUGCCUUAUGAAUACAUGAAGAUGCCUGUGAAAACCACUGUCUCUAAAGACCCCCCACCCCACAAUAUUGAAGUUUUUGUAGGCAGUGCCUAUUUUGUUCUAUGUCGAGCUUUUGUACAGUAUGUCCUUGAAAGCUCCCUUGCUCAAGAUUUUUUGGAAUGGUCCAAAGAUGCUUAUUCCCCUGAUGAACAUUUCUGGGCAACCCUUGUGCGUGUACCUGGAACACCUGGAGAGAUUUCAAGGUCAGCUCAAGAUAUCACAGAUCUUCAGAGCAAAACCCGUUUAGUAAAAUGGAAUUACCUUGAGGGCCAUCUCUAUCCACCCUGUACUGGUACACAUCUCCGCAGUGUGUGCAUCUAUGGAGCUGCAGAACUGCGAUGGCUUAUCAACUAUGGGCACUGGUUUGCCAAUAAAUUUGACUCAAAAGUGGAUCCAGUUUUAAUAAAAUGUUUGGCAGAAAAACUUGUGGAACAGCAAAAGGAAUGGGUUAGUUUGUCUGCUGAAAAUCUUUUUAUACACAGGACAUUUACAGAUGUCUCAUGACAAUAUAGUAUACCCAUCAUUAGACCUUUGUUAGUAGUUGUUUUUAUAUAUGAUACUGCUGGAAUGAGCCACAUCACUCACCACAUGUCCAUCUAUAAGCAACUCACUGGUCUAGCUUGAUGGAAGCCAGAGUGCAUCUAAAAGGCAAGGUGUUCUAUAUGAACUGUCACUGCUUAGGGCCUUAGAGCAGAGAUGGGAACAGAAAAAGCCAAGGGUAAUGGAUAAGGCAGUAGCAGCUGGUGAGUGCAGCUCGGGGGGUGAGGGGGGAAUACAACUUUAAACAGUGGUGAACUCGCCCACUGUUGUUACUUGCUAUGCUCUAUGUAGCAGUGGUGGUGGCCAACUCUGUAUCCUGCAAAGAGGCUGCUUCUGCUCAGUUGGCCUCCAUGCAUGUGUGGAAGACAUUUGAGGGGUUAGUAUGGCAGGUUUGUGCCAUGCUUACCCCUCAAGUGGCCUUCACAUGGCUGUCACUGCAGUGUAGAGCAUAUGGGUAGCGAUGGUGGAUAGGUUCGCCACCAUUUAAAGUUGCAUUUCCCCACCUUCACCAUGACCCCGGAGCAGCAUUCACCAGUCACUCCUGGGAUAAGGACAUCCAAUAGCAAAGCAAGUCAAGAUUAGAAAGGCUGAGUUUAGGUUGGCUUAAUCCAGUGGCUUUCAGACUUCUUGAAGUAGUACCUCCUCUCCAAACAUACUCUAUCUUUCUCUCAUUAGCAACCCAUAUCCUUGACCAGUACAAAUGAUUGCUGCAUGCAGUCAUGUACAUGCAGCUUCUUGCUGUGUGUAGGGACCUAUGGAAUGGGGUAUUAAUCUAAUGUUGUCAUUAGAAGAGGAAAGGGACAAGCUAGUUCUGACCUCCCUUAAACCCUUUCUCAGGAAAGCCUCAUUAGAAGUUCUUUCCAAAUCAGACUGGGAUGACAUGACAGUGAUGAAUAAUAGUUGCCAUGUUUUCUUGGACCUGUGUCUUGUAUACAUGUGUGCACCUAGUUAUGUUUCUGGGACUGAGACACCUAAAUAGAUUCUGGAGGAGUGGAAGAACUGCUUGGAUGCUAAGGGAACCCUUCCCCUUCUGCAGCUUGCUCUGAGCAGCUGAAGAACUAAACAGCUAUAAAUCUGGUAGAGUGGGCCUAGAUUUAUAGGCAAGUCAGCAAGCAUGAGUAACUAUGGAUCAGAUCAAGAUAAUGAAAUGUCACCAAAGAGUACUCCAAGGGGCAAACAGAGCCAAGAGGCCAAGACUUUUCAAGAGAAAGAAAUAAAACAGUAAAAGAAUAAGAUAUGGAGUAGUGGCUGCUAGAGCAGAUCUGAAAGCUGUUGAGAGAGGGAGGGAAGAGGAGGAGGAAUGACUGAUCAUGUGGGUACACAUCUUUUUUGGGGACUGCAGAAGGAAGGAGGGAUUGACAAUAAUCCCACCUCCCUUGUAUGAACGGAAUGUUUUCAAUUUGCACAAGUGCUCUCCUGAAUAUUGUCCAAUUAAAAAAAAACCACAGGCCAUUCACACAACCAAAAACUGUGGUGUUCUUGGGUUUGGGAGCUAUGUGUGCUCCCAAUUUUCAGUUGUGAGAAAGCCAGGUAGAAGGAAAACCUGAGUAAAAAUGAUUGUGUGGAAGCAAGGUAGAAGGAAAAGUUACGCAGGUUUUCCUCCUACGUUGCUUCCACACAACCAAAAAUUGGAAGCACACACAGCUCCCAAACCCUGGUAGAACACAGUUUCUGAUUGUGUGAAUGACCUCAUUAUCUUCUAUAAAAUCUCCUACUUACAAACUUCUUUUGAAUAGGAAUUAAGGCCUCUAAGGAUCUGUGUCUGCAAGGACACAUUUGUGCUAUCUGUUUACCCAAGGUUUAAAAAAAACCCACAACAUAAAGUGAUGGCUUACUGAAAGGAAGGAUAAUGAGGUAGCUGUUAUUUUCCCAGCUGGACUUGACUUUCUCUCCUUAAGGGCAAAUCUCUCUGUGCCUUGUCUUUGCCACAAUUUUAUCUCAGGAUAAUUGUCCCUUCAGAAAACCAAAAUCAGUAUAUGGUUUUCAUAAUAUUGAGAACCCCUUGAUCUUGCUACCUCAAGAGAGAGAUCUGUAUGCUGGAAAGCUACUGUAGUGUAGUGAACUACAGAUCACGAAGUCCCUGGUUUGACUCUUCCCUCUGCCAUGAGCACACUAGAUGGCCUUUAGCUGUGGCUUUAGGCAAGCCAUUCUUCCUCACCUUCAGUCCCCUCGUCUGCAGUAUGGUGGGUUAAUAAUACCUUGCAGGGUUUGUAACAAUAACAAGAUUAUAUAUGUGGAAUGUUUUGAACACUUGAAAGUGCUCCAUGUAUGUCGAGCAUUAUUGUAAAACCAGCAUUGAUUUAAAAAAAAGAGAGGAAUUAUUAAUGGUUAACGUGGAGCCAGUUUCAUAGCACCUGUAUUCCACAUCCAUGGGCUGCUGGCAAUUGGAUGGUGCUCUUCAGAAGUUCAAGAGUGCUUGCCCAGCCUGCAAGCAAUUCUUGUCCUGGGUGUGGAUGCGUUGUUGUUGUUAAAUAUACAUGGCUUGAAAGCUG